AUGAAUGACACUUUGACUGAAUUCAACACUUGUUUUGAGAUGAAACAUUUGAAUUAUAAACCAAGCACCUCUUAUCCACCUCUAUGUGUAAUAUUAUACGGUUUCCUAACUUUCUUGUCUCUUGUCACCAUGUGUGGAAACUUCCUUGUAAUACUGUCAGUCAUUUACUUUAAACAGAUGCACACUCCUACUAACACUCUCAUUCUGUCCCUGGCUGUGGCUGACAUGUUGGUUGGCAUGUUUGCUUUCCCUCUCAGGAUGUUUUAUUCUCUCAGUGCGUGUAUGUAUGAUGUCGGUAUAUUUUGUAAGAUAAGGGACAGCUUUGAUAUAUUGUUCAGCCUAUGCUCUAUCAUGCACCUGUGCUGCAUUUCUGUGGACAGAUAUCACGCAGUGUGUCAGCCUUUAACAUAUAAAUCUAAAAUCAAUGGCCGGGUUGUCUUCAUCAUGAUCGCUGUGAGCUGGGGUGUUUCUGUGUUCGUUGCUAUCACUGUUGUACAAACUAGAUCUACCAAUGAUGACUGUCAGGACAUGUGCUUUAUUGACGUUAUCAUGGCAAACAUUGUUGCACCUUUGCUGUCAUUUUACCUUCCUAUUCUCAUAAUGCUUUGCAUUUACCUGAAGAUAUUUGUUGUUGCACAGAGACAGGUACGAAGCAUCCAAGCAAAGAUGAAGCCUGGAGCAACUGUCAGUAAGAUGGAGAGAAAAGCCACCAAAACUCUGGCUAUUGUUUUAGGAGUUUUUGUGUUUUGCUGGGCUCCUUUCUUUCUUUUCCUAACUUUUAGAACUGUUGGAAAUAAUCCAGCACCCGUUCAUGUGAUUGAAACAGUGGCUUGGCUUGGACUGUCAAACUCUACUCUGAAUCCUUUUAUCUAUGGUUUCUUUUAUAGCUGGUUCAGAUCAGCCUUUAAAAUUAUUGUUUCUGGGAAAAUCCUAAAAGGGCACUAUAUUAACCUGAAGUUGCAUUGA